UUCGAGCAAUGACUUCAUUCAGUUUUGCUUCACCAUGAUAAGACUACUGAAUGCGGUAUUGUUGAUUGCCGCAGUGAAAUAUUCGGGAGCAAGUUUCAUUGAGAAUGAAAACAUUCAAAACAGCUCAAGUUCAGUGAGCUUCUCCAACCUGCCGCGAACAUGCUCACUCGCGACUAGUCGCCACUCCGGCGUUCAGCUGAUCCAUCCGCAACCCGGGUUCCGUGAACCGUUCGAGGUGUUCUGCGACCAGGAGUACGAGGGUGGAGGCUGGAUCGUAAUCCAGAACCGCUACGACGGAUCGGUGCACUUCUACCGCGAUUGGGACGAGUACGAGCGUGGCUUUGGAGACUUGGAGGAGGAAAUGUGGCUGGGACUGGGGAAGAUUCACGAGUUGACCUACUCGAGGCGGUACGAGUUGCACGUGGUUCUGGAGGAUUGGGAGGGGAUUCGUGCGGUGGCACGAUACAGUGACUUUUUGGUGGCUGGACCGGCGGAGAAGUUCUUGCUGAGGAGUUUAGGAAGCUUUAGUGGGAAUGCUGGAGAUUCGCUCAGAGAGCAUCUGGGCAUGAAGUUUACCACGUUUAAUGCUGAUAACGAUCUUAACGCGGGCAAUUGUGCUGUCUCUUGGUACGGUGCAUGGUGGUACAGAAACUGUCAUCAUAGCAACUUAAAUGGAAAAUACAUGCAAGGACUCGACCGUUCUGGAAUGGAUUGGCGGCAUUUUAGACCUGAUGGAUACAGUCUGAGAAAGUCUCGGAUGAUGAUUCGUGUGGCUCAGUAAUUUUUUGAAUGAAGAUAGUUAUUUGUUCAAAUUUACAGAUGACAUGCUGAAGAUAACAUCUGGAGUUUUUUUUU